AUGUCAAACUGGUUUAAAUCAAAUUUGCCGUGGAAAGCUUUUGCAGGUUUUGUAUUAAUUCAAGUCUCCGCAUGCUUGUUGUUUGGAGCCGAUGGCUUUGCAAUGCUUAUUGUAGAGGUUCCUGGAGUUUUCGUUUGUAUGAUGGUGUCGUACAUGCCACUUAAAACUAAAUUCAGAGAAAUAAUUGAAGAAAUCCUUAUACCAGAAUUUAUAGAAAAAAGACCAUUCAAAGAAAUUUCCUUGAAACGAAAAGAAACUUUAGACAAAAUGGUAAUCAAUGUAAAUAAUAAAGUGAAUUAUAUGAUGGGUACCAACUACGGAUACACUAGCGCUGAUGGAAUGGUUCGUGAUUACAAGGAUAUUAUGACUAGAUUUGAGAAAAAAUAUCACAAUACUUACAAAGGAACUCCAGAUGAAGAAAUUCAAGGUUGGGAUAAAAUAUUAUUGAUAGCGAAAAACAUACAAGAUGAAGAUCUAGGUUGCUUUUAUGAGAGGUUAGUGCCUCUGGAAUUUAUAAAGAAAUACAGCAAAAAUACAACCAACGGAUACGAAUUGGACAAUAUUGGUCACUCAAAAGAUGUUUCGGAUACCGUUUAG